AGCAUCAAAUCAAACAAGAUGCAUACGAAAGGAGGAUAAGUGAAAGCUGUGGUUUGGCAUUUACAUCUAAGAUAGACUUGUUUUAAAACUAUCAGAAUGACAAUGAAUGGCGAAGAAAGCAGUUAUUUCAUGGUAGCGGAGCAGAAAAGAUGGAGGAGUAUCAGAAUAAUGUACCUCGUUUUAUUUCUAAACAGCACAGGGUUUUCAAUUCUGCUGCCCUCGCUUUGGCCCUAUUUACAACACAUCAGCCCAUCUGUUAACUAUUCAUUUCUGGGGUUUGCAGCAGCUGGGUAUUCAUUCGGUCAACUUCUUGCUUCUCCUCUCGUAGGAAAAUGGUCCACAGUAAGGGGUAAAAUAACACUGCCAGUUCAACUUACCAUGUUCAUUGGAGUAGUUGGUAAUCUUCUCUACGCCCUAGCGUGUCUGGUAAAGGACUCAUCUCCUACUGGAGCUUUAUGGGUUGUGGUGAUUGGGCGUGUCAUCAGCGGCGGGGGUGCUGGUUGUAUCGCUCUAGCAAGAUCGCAUCUUGGUACAGUUACCUCAUUAGACGAGAGGACUGCUGUGGUUAGCAAAGGUUCCAUGGCUCAGGCUGCUGGUUUCAUUAUAGGUCCAGGUUUAGCUUUGGUGACGUCACUGGUACAGAAAGGGUUCUGUUAUGAGAGCUGGGAGGUAUCACAGUACACUCUCCCUGCCUAUCUGUCAGCAAUAUUGAUAACAGUAAACAUGGUGAUUGUGGCUGUGUGGUUCAGAGAGGACGCAACCCCAGCAGAGUUCAUGGUCAACUCCAUUGUUCAGAGCUCCGAAAUGGCCACUCUGAGGGUCAAAUGGUCUGGAAUUGUGAUUUGUAACGCUCUGUUUUACAUUGCAAUGCUCAGCUUCACUGUUAUGGAGACACUCAAUACUCCCAUUAUACAGGCUGAACUCGGGUUGUCCCAGACAGAAGCUAUCAAAUACAGCAGCAUAUUCUUAACCUGCACCUCCGUGUUCUCCUUCAUGACUUUUGCUAUUGCUACACCUCUCGGAAAGAGGUUUGGUGAGCGCAAGAUGAUGGGGAUUGCGUUCUCAAUGAGCGCAUUUGCGUACAUUCUCUUCUAUCCAGUAGGACCAGGCUAUAUACCCCGGAUACAGUGGACUCCUCUCAGCAAUGUUUCCAUUUCUAAUCCGAAUAAUACGGAGGUAACAGGGUGUAACUGGCAGAACAAAUGGUGUCACACUCAGCAUCGUCUCAACAUUGCUCAGUUUCUCGUUGCCAAUAGCAUACUACUGUUCAGCUACCCUCUUGGAGUAGUUCUGUUACUGAGCCGAACUUCUAAGAUUCUGGGACCUCAUCCACAGGGUACGGUGAUGGGAAUACUCACCGCAGUUGGCUCAUUUUCACGCGCUGUCGGUCCCGCUAUCUUCACUUCUCUCUUUCAAGCCUUCGGGCCGCCGGUGAUCGCGGUAGUAAUGUUAACAGUGUGCUUGGCUGGAGCAAUCUUAGUGUUAUUCGGAUCUAGACACAUGCACUCGUUUGAUAGGAGGAUCCAGAUUCUUAACGCAGAAAUAUUCACAUAAUGUUAUCUUCCGGUCACGUGACGUCAUAAAGAGAGUAAAUUAGAAGACAUGCCAGCUCUGGCGGAGAAGCUCAAAGUCAAAAGUGUGAUAAAAUCUCAAAAACUUGAAACCAGAGACCACAGAAAUAAGUGGUGUUUAAGAUCAGUGUAGAUAUAGGACUAGAAGUAGGUAUAGCUGUAAUGUUGGUUAAUUUUAGAAACUUUAUGUUUAAAUCUGCUAUAUUUGAAUGAUGAUGUUAGUCAUGACACUUUUAGUUAUUCUGAUGUUGAUAACGGAUUACUGCACGUGAGCAGUGGCUUGAAUAUGUGUAUUGUUUUAAAAGUCUUUGUUGGCGUCCACUAAAAUAUUGCUUGAUGAAGAUACAAAUGUUUUUGUUUCUCAACUUUCAGAUCUUUCGAAGUUGCUGGUUUAAUACGGAACAAUCAGACGAAAGCUAUUGUUAAAUUAUUAAAAAGGUUGAGUAGAUCGCAGAAUAUUGCCCUGAUACGUGCUGAAAAUAAAUUUUCGUUCACGAUUUUGUUAUUAAUUUUUACUUAGUAUAGGGGUUAUUUUAGUUUGAAUUUCUUUGCUGAAGAAGGUUGUAUUUUAUUGUCUACUUUAUAUUAGACUAAUAAGACUGAUGAAUUAGAUUAGAGAGAGAUAAUAAAUAUUGAUGGUCCCACAAGAAUUGUUAGUUGAUGUCUAUCAAAAUAAAAGAUAAAAUACCACUCUUAUCUGAAUUGUUAUAAAUUAAACCGCAGAUAAAUUAUGUUAUACACGACAUAGGUACCAAUAUGCAAAUAUUAUACAAGAUUCUUCCUGUGGCCCUUUUUAGACCUAAGUUCUUGACGCAUCUAUAAUCGAGUCUGAUUUGUCAGUGUCAUU